AUGCUAAGUGACCGCAACAACUUUCUUUUUCAGUACUUGGACGCAUUGUUGGAACAUGGUGAAUGGACACGUCAUGUUGUGAAAGCCGUUGAUUCGCGAAUUGGUCAUCUCGAUCGAAUCGUGCAUUUCAUGACCCUGCGACAUCCCUCUCUGAUAGUCACUUAUCGGAGUCUGGAUCUGAUGUGGUCUCUUCACUCGGAACCCUCACAUACUGGCAGUGCAAAGUUGGAAAAAUCCGUCACGGAGGCACGCUGUUCGCUACACAAUCAUUCCGUUGCUACUGGUGUGGUUGCGAAGGUUGAGAAGAUGAAAGGUUCGUUAUUUCCUUCAGUUGUUCAGUUGGCGAACUUA